CAUACCAAUAUUUAACCAGUAAGUCCAUCGUCAACAACUCGAUAAAGAAAGAAAGAAAACCCUAGCUAAACCCUAACUGCAAAAACUCACACUGGUGCUCGCUAACCAUCUCUCUUCUAUCACAAUGGCGAAAUCUGAAUCAAAAUCCAAGAAGAAAAACAACAAAAAGAAGAGCCAACGGUCAGUUUCAAUGAAGCUCACAGCGGCAGCAACAAAACAGAAUAAUAAUAAUCCGUUCGAGUCUUUAUGGUCUCGUCGCAAAUUCGAUGUUCUCGGCAAGAAAAAAAGCAAAGGCGAAGAGCGUCGAAUAGGCCUUACACGUUCUCUCGCUCUUGAUAAGAGAAAUAAGACGCUGUUAAAGGAGUAUGAGCAAAGCGGAAAGUCGUCGGUUUUUGUGGAUAAGCGAAUUGGAGAGAAGAACGAUGAGUUAGGUGAAUUUGACAAAGGUAUUAUGCGGUCCCAGCGUGAGCGUCAGAUAAAAUUAAGCAAGAAGAGCAAGUAUAACUUAUCAGAUGGAGAAGAAGAUGAUUUCGAAAUUCCAAAUCUUGGCCCUCUUUCAGAGCAUGAUGAUUUUGGGGAUGAAAUGCUGUCUGAUGAUGAUAAAGAUGCUGCAGAUGAAACACAGAGGAAUUCUGCCACCUUAAAGCAUCUUGAUGCUCAUGUGGCCGAAGAGGGUACGACAGUUGAAGGAGAGGAAAAGAGGCACAAAACCAAGAAAGAAGUGAUGGAGGAGGUCAUUUUGAAGAGCAAGUUUUACAAGGCUCAAAAAGCGAAAGAUAAAGAAGAAAAUGAACAGUUGAUGGAAGACUUAGAUAAAAAUUUCACAUCUUUAGUGCAAUCUCGAGUCCUGUUAUCUUUAACUGAACCAGGCAAGAUGAAAGCCCUGAAGGCUCUUGUAAAUAAGGACAUUCCAGAUGAUCACAUUAAGAAGGUUGAUGUGUUAAGUUCUCAAACUCCAGAAGCUCUUGAGCAGGAUAACAAACCUGAUUCUUAUGAUAAAUUAGUAAAAGCAAUGAUACUGGAUAUGCGAGCUCACCCUUCAGACAGGACGAAGACACCAGAGGAGAUUGCCCAGGAGGAGAGAGAGCGGCUGGAGCAUUUAGAGGAAGAGCGUCAGAAACGAAUGCUUGUGAAUAAUGACUCUAGUGAUGAAGACAAUGAUGAUGCUGACAAGCAAUCAACCCAGAAGAUAAGAUCAUUAUCUGGAGAUGAUCUGGGUGAUUCCUUUUCUCUUCAGGAAGAGCAUAAGGCCAAAAAGGGUUGGGUUGAUAAGAUUCUUGAAAGUAGGGAUGAUGACGACUCUGAGAACGAAGAUGAUAAUCCUUCAGAAGAUUCGGAAAGUGUUGAAGAUGGUGACAAUAGUGAAGGAUCUGAUGAUGGUGAUAGUGGUGAAGAUAAUGUUGAACAUGCUAAGACUCUAUCUUUGAAGGACUGGGAACAAAGUGAUGAUGAUAAUCUUGACUUAGAUUUGGAAGAGGAUGAAGAAGAGGAUGACAAGUUUGAUGAAAGUGAAAGAAUAGAUUCCAGAGACCACAAAAGGUCAAAGAAGAAUAAUGAAUUUGAAAUUAGGGAAGAAAAUGGAGUAUCUUUAACUGCAAAGAAAAUAAAGCAGCACUCAAAAGAACCAGAUAUUCCAUUUUUAAUUGAAGCCCCAAAGAGCUUUGAAGAAUUAUGUGCACUAUUGAAUAAUUGUUCUAAUGCAAAUGUUAUCAUCAUAAUCAAUCGCAUUCGGGCAAGCAAUGCGAUAAAACUGGCAGCAGAAAAUCGGAAGAAAAUGCAAGUGUUUUAUGGUGUUUUAUUACAGUAUUUUGCUGUAUUAGCAAAUACGAAGCCCUUGAACUUUGAGUUGUUGAAUUUGCUGGUGAAGCCAUUGAUAGAAAUGAGCAUGGAGAUUCCAUACUUUUCAGCAAUAUGUGCUCGUCAGCGAAUCUUGCGAACCCGAACACAAUUUUGUGAAUCUAUUAAGAGCCCAGAGAAUAGUUGCUGGCCUUCCAUGAAAACAUUGUCUCUCUUGAGGUUUUGGUCUAUGAUUUUUCCGUGCUCCGACUUUCGACAUGUUGUCAUGACACCGGCACUGUUGUUGAUAUCUGAAUAUCUCAUGCGUUGCCCCAUCUUGUCUGGGCGAGACAUUGCAGUUGGAUCUUUUCUAUGUUCUAUGCUUCUCUCAGUGACAAAACAAUCUAAGAAGUUCUGUCCUGAAGCCAUUAUAUUUUUCCAGACUCUUCUGAUGGCUGCUACUGAAAAAAAGUCAGCCGCUUAUCAGGAUUCUCAGUUUCAUCGUUUUGUGGAACAAAAAUCAAUGGGGCCCUUGCUGUGUAUGCGCCAUUGUGUAAAUGAGAUUAGCCCUCUGAAUUUCUUCAUGAUAAUGGACAUGCCAGAAGACUCUUCCUAUUUCAGCUCUGAUAAUUUCAGGGCUAGUGUGCUGAUUACUGUGAUAGAAACGCUGCGAGGAUAUGUAGAGACUUAUGAAGGAUUGAGUUCCUUUCCUGAAAUUUUCUUGCCAAUUUCAACAUUGUUGCUAGAAGUGGCAAAACAUGAAAACUUGCCAGCAUCAUUGCAAGAAAAAUUUAAUGAUGUGUCUCAACUUAUUACGAAGAAAGCUAAUGAACAUCAUAUGCUGCGGCGUCCACUUCAAAUGCGGAAGAAGAAACCAGUGCCUAUCAGACUACUUAAUCCAAAAUUCGAGGACAACUUUGUUAAGGGUAGAGACUAUGAUCCUGAUCGUCAACUGGCGGAGACAAGAAAGUUAAAGAAACUUUUGAAAAGAGAAGCGAAAGGAGCAGCUCGUGAACUGCGGAAGGACAAUUAUUUCUUAAUGGAAGUGAAGGAGAAAGAAAAAGCACAAGCGUAUGCAGAAAGAUCAGAAAAAUACGGGAAGGCGAGAGCUUUCCUCCAGGAACAGGAAAGUGCUUUCAAAUCUGGACAGCUUGGAAAAAAUAGCAAGAGAAGAAGAUGAAACUAGUUAUUCCGAUUUCCUUGUCCGAGCUACUUGGAUGUCUCCGAUGUCUUUUCGCAUAAUCCGGAAGGUAAACAUGCUUUCCAGAUCCUCUUUUUGUUCUUCCAAAAGAGGUCAUGCACUGAUUUAUAGAUAAAUACAUUGGUUUAUUUAUGAGAGUUGUAGAAUUGAGGCUUGCUACUUUGCUAUGUAUUUUAUCAUUUUGGUGCAAGGUAGUAAUAACUUAGAGCCAUGUAAAAUUAUCCAUGUGCAAUAUUUUUUGGUUAUCAUUUAAAUUCUUCAUUAUUUACGUA